AGCUCUUGUAUAUGUUAGUACCUUUCUGAUGGUAUCAUAAAUAUCUAUGAUCACAAGCGUAGGGGUACGUAGUACGUACGGUACCGUACGGUACCGUACCGAGGGAUCUUCGAGAUUGAAGACGAUCCUGUUCGUACAGUAAUAUAUUUUGGUGUCAAUUGAUUUCGAUAAGUAUUGGAUUCUGAUUUCUGAUACUUUUUGAUGACGAGGCUGAGGAAAGGAGGUGCSAAGAGGAGGUCUGGCCGCUAUUACAAAGAAACAGAAGCAUCCGGAAYCCGAACGGUGACGACACAGUACCUGUAGUCAACAAUUCAAAUGCCGAUAACAAUACGAACUUUGACGAUCGCAAUGUGCUGGUCUGCGCUGGCUUUGCUGGUAGCAAUUCCGAGAACAACCAGUGCCUUUGCACCAACCGCGGGGUACACGCGGAUAGCGGCGGUAACGACGACGACAACAACGAAUCGUGAACCAAUCAAGCUCGGAGCCGCCCCGUUUCGUUCCGCCGGGGGCUUUUUCCUCGGCGACGGCGACCUCGGGAUCGACGUCGGUGCCGAUCCGUCAGCCUUUACGGACCAAAUCGACUACCUGGGGGACCCCACGGUCAGGACGCUCGUGCUUGUCUUUGGGGGGGUCAUURUUCUGCUGGCUGGCCUCGGGGCUCUGUCGUCGAAGGUGGACGCCGCCAUCGAAAACGUCCUGGUGGAUUUCGAAACCGUCAUGACGUCGAACCGGGAGUUCGAGGACCGCUGGGAGGCUAUCGAAUCGCAGYUGCGGGUUUACGACGGCGAGGUCGAAAAGGCACGGAUGCGCAAGCAGAAACUCUUUGAAAUYAUGGAGGAAUUAGAACAAACCGAACCCGAGCUGAUGAAACGGGUAUCCGCCAAAAUGGCGGCACUCAACUCCGGCAACCAGUAAAAAGAAAAUGAGGGACCAAGAAACAGAUUCGAAAGACCGUCAACUACGCCACACUACUGUUUUUUGAACGAGAUCGCGAAUGCUUCGGAUCCACAACUCCGAUACUCAAUACAG